GGCCAUACUUCGUAACCUUAUGCCAGAAACAUCUGAUUUAGAUAUGAAAGGUGUCACAUAAUAAUGCCAUAAUGUCAAGAAACUUGAAAUCAGCCUGAUUUGAGAAGAUUUAAGACUUCAUUGACUAAGUGAAAUUGCUGAGAUAAAUAUCGGUAGUGGGAUGAUAAGAUUGUGAAGGGCCUGGUGGCACGAUUGAUAAGGUUGGAGGACAGGGGCCGAGCGACGUUGAGAUCUGAUAAGAACGUGGAGAGACCAGGAGAUGUCACGUUUCAUCAUCAAGACAUCUCCUCUAUACUAUAAGCUUGCCUCGACUAUUACUGCAAGCUGUCAAUUACUUUCACAGUCAAUCAAUUACUUCCGUUUAACCAGAACAGUGCCCCGACAAUUCACUUGUAUAUAGUACCGGGACAACCACUUGCGGAAUCACACACAGCCAAAAUAUACAACACUACCAUCCUACCUAACGAUUAAAAGAAUCACUUAAGGUUCUAUAUACGCAUACUGGUAUUCCAUUAGAGCCCCUAGUCAAAGUUGAGAAACGAAAUCUACUAUCAACACCAUGAAGACUGUUUCCGAAACCUUGAAUGACCUCUCGAUUUCGGUCGCGCCGUCGAAAUCAAACUCAGCAGUGUCUAAGUGUCUACCUGUUUCUAACCCAGGAGAUUGUUUCUGGCAAUCUGAAAAGCAUAGGUUGCAUGAUCACCGCUCUACAGAGGAUCUCCCAACACACAGCGAUGUAGUCAUUGUCGGUGCGGGGUACGCUGGAGUUAGCACCGCAUAUCAUCUUGUUAAGGAGGGCGGCGACUCGGUCAAAUCAAUCACUAUUAUAGAGGCACGAGGCGCAUGUUCGGGUGCAACUGGUAGAAAUGGAGGGCAUUUAAGACCAGAUUUGUAUGGCCAUAUUCCAACUUACGUUGAGCGAGGAGGACCACGCGCAGGAGCUGAGAUUGCCGAGUUUGAAAUUGCUCAUGUCAAGGAGAUGAAAAAACUUAUCGAAAAAGAGAAUAUAGAUUGCGACUUUAGUCUCUGUCGGACAGUUGAUGUGUGGUGCAAUGAGGAGAUGGCAAAGAAAGCCAAGGCAGUGUAUGACCAGAUGGUAAAGAACGAUUUUGAGUACAUGGAUGAUGUCAUCUUCUAUACAGGUAAAGAAGUUGAGGGCAUCUGUGGAGUCAAGGGUGCCAAGGCUUGUGCUUCAUAUACAGCUGGAAGUAUGUGGCCUUACAAGUUUAUUCUGGGGCUUCUCGAAAUAAUCCUGCCAACCGGAAAAGUUAACUUGCAGACAAACACGCCAGUAACUAGUAUAACUAGUGCUGCCAAUGGAGGCUUCACUGUCGGGACAAGCAGAGGAAAUACGCAUGCUAGCAAGAUAAUAUAUGCCAACAAUGCAUAUAUUUCUGCGCUUCUUCCUGAAUACGAUCAAAAUAUAGUUCCUUGCAAAGGUAUCUGUUGCCGUAUAACUGUACCUGAAGGCAAGACGGCACCACUUCUAAACAACACUUAUAUCAACCGAACAGAAGACAACACCCUUUCAUAUCUUAUACCCAGAGCAGAUGGCAGCAUCAUCGUCGGUGGUGCCGCAGCGAAAUUCAAAUCUCAUAAAGAUCAAUGGUACAAUAAUGUUGAUGACAGUGUUCUCAUCGAGUCAGCAAAAAAUUAUUAUGACAACUACAUGCAGGAAACCUACAAUGGCUGGGAGGACUCUGGUGCUAAAGUUGACAAUAUCUGGACUGGAGUUAUGGGAUAUUCUUACGACUCAAACCCUCACGUUGGUGAGGUACCUGGAAAGCCCAAUCAGUUUGUAGUUGCCGGGUUCAACGGUCAUGGUAUGCCAGUCAUUUGGCUUUCGGGUAAAGCAGUUGCCAAGAUGGUCUCAGAAGACGUACCGUUCGAGAAAACUGGUGUGCCACGAUUAUUCAAGACGACUCAGGAGAGGAUAGAUCGGGCCAAGAAUGGAAGCGAAGAGCAAGGUGAUAUCCUUGGUACCGGAAAUCAGAAAGCUACAAAGCAAUGAGAGACCCUUUCACUUUCCAUUACUUCUCUGACACUGUUCCAUCUCUACUGCAAUGGAGAGCGGCUGCACAUAGCUAGCUAAAGCAAUAUGGGUGGAUAAAAACACAUUGCUUCCUGAAACUAGCUUAUAGUAGCAAAUUACCAGCUUAGCAUUGUCCUUAAGUUGUUGGAACUAUCUGGUAACACAGUCCUCAGCUGAAGAAUGUUGAGUCUGUAUUUCAUUUCAUCAAUAUCGCUACUUGAGAUGAAUGGGGUUAUGGAGUAGAGACAAAAAUUAUUACUCGUGUGUACUCUUCAUCUACGCACUACGGGUUCUCUAAAUUUGAGGCCACCCUUGAUAUCUUAUGUAUUGCACAAUUUAGUAUUUGCAAGACAGUCUCGCUUGAUGACCUGAAAACAAAAAGAAUACAACAUUGUUACCUGAAGUUCUAUAAUUUGUUGCUAUCAUGUUGAAGUAUCACAAGCUAUCGCCAAAUUUUGAAGUGAGAUUGAACAUUUAGUCUCUUCCUUUUCAUACUGGUAUUGCCGAUAGCUCAAUGAUCAUCGCCGGCAUAAUUUUACAAUUGACGAAAAAAUUAAUCUACUGCCAUAUGCCGAAUUUCUAUUCCUUCUCAUCGAAUCUAUUACGGCGAUUUUCUCCAGCCCAUUUGAACUUUUCAUUCAUUCAAGCAAGUCCAGACUUUGGCUCAUAGCUUAUUGAGGUAUUCACAAAUGAAAUGAGCAUUCAUACAUUGUUUUGAAUUUGGAGAAACAAUUUGAGAGGAAAGGCAAAAGAUGAUACAGUGAGUGGUGAUCUACUGAGUUCCUUUUCAUGUUUACUUGAAUUUGUGUAAAAUAUGGUUGCGCCCCUUCUGUGUGGCCUAUGUUGUGUUUUGAUUUGUAGUACAUAAGUGCACUAUACAACGAUCGCUAAAUCAAGCAUCUUUGCCUGCCCUAUAAUGAGGAAUAUGCAUGCUCA